AUGGAGCUUCCGAGCAUCGUGGACUUCGCGGAAGAGGUCGCGGACGCACCGGUGCAGCCUGACUACACUCGAGAGGGACCGCUUGAGGCCAUCCGGUUGCCGCGCCUCGAGCACACCGCGAGCUCGUGCUUCCCUGACUGCAUCGGCGCACAGUGCAUCCUGCGCGCUGACGUCACAUACCCCAAGGGCGGGGUCGUGUACGGAGUGGGCCCGCCGUAUCCCCUGGCGAUCAUCACCGGUGGCUUCCUCGUCGGCGCUGAAGCGUAUCAGUCGUACGCGGAGCGGCUGGCGACGUGGGGCUACACCGCGAUCACGUACGACAAGGUCGAGACGGUCAACGACCCGCUGAACGACGAGGUUUCGGCGCGUUUCAUAUCGGAAAUCAUUGAUUGGGCCGCCACCGACCGCUCCCUGUCGAAAAUCUGCGACGCCUCCCGGGUGUACCUGGUCGGACACUCCCGCGGCGGCAAGCUGUCCGCGCUCGCGGCGCUCACGGACGACCGCGUGCGCGCCAUGUGCGCCAUCGACCCCGUCGACAGCACCGUUUACGCCCCCGUGGGCCCUGGGUACCCGAGCGCCACGCAAGCGAUGUCGGACUGGGCCCGCCAGCUCCAGCGCGCCGCCCCGGGCCAGACCCCCCCCAAACCCUCUGCAGCCGCCGGCACAAGCUUCGUCCGCGCAGGCGGCGGCGCGAUCUACGAAGAGCUCAAGGACGUCGACGCCGCCGCGAGCCGCGCCGCGAGCCGCGCCGCGGAGCCCGCGCGGAAGGACCUGCCCACAAACGCGGAGUGUCGGAUCCCGGGGCUGUGUCUUGGUGCACGUGCAAUGGCGCGCACGCAGCCGCUGCCGAUGGUCGUCGUCGGCGCCGGGCGCGGCGGGGACUGCGCGCCGCGUGACGCGAACUACACGCGCUUUUACGACGCGUGCACGGGGCCGGCCUGGCAGCUGCUCGUGCGCGACGCCGGUCACUUUCAGUUUUUGGACAGAAAGAGCGCGCUGCAGUCGGCGGUGUGCGCCGAAGGCCGCACGCCGGACGGCGUCGUGCGCGCCGUGGCGCAGGCGGCGAUGGUGGCGUGGGGCGAGGCGCACGUGCGCAGCGCGCCGGGACCUGCGCCGGACCCGGCGCCAGCAGGGACGGACGCCCCGCACGCAGGAGCGGCGGGGCAGGCGCUGCGGUGGCCGGGGCUGGCAGACCGGAGCCCGGAGGAGAUGGCGCGGGCGGCGUCGCGCGGGUGUGCGGAGCUGGUCGGGCGGGGGCUGGCGGAGCGGGAUGCGGCGCAGCGUGCCCGGGGCAAGGUUGGGGUGGGGCGGGGAGAGCAGGUGCUGGAGGUGUCGUACAAGGCGCUCUGA